AUGAAGACUAAUCAGCUGAUGGCCAAGCUUAGUAAAUGUACUUUUGCAAGGAAGGAAGUGGAAUAUUUGGGACAUAUAAUCUCUGAGAAAGGGUUACAAACUGAUCCAGAAAAGUUGAUUGCAGUAAAGGCAUCGCCAAAACCAACCAACAUCAAAGAGUUAAGAGGAUUUCUAGGAUUAACUGGAUACUAUAGGAGAUUCAUUAAAUCCUAUGGAGCUAUAAGCAGACCACUCACAGACAUGUUGAAGAAGAAUGCUUUCCAUUGGAGUAUAGAAUCAGAACUGACAUUUGAGCAAUUGACGAAGGCAUUGUGCACAGCUCCAAUUUUAACUCUCCCUGAUUUUAGCAAGGAUUUUGUGGUGGAAGCUGAUGCUUGA